CUAUUAAUCGUGCACGUAGUAGAUAUAAGAUAAUAUUUGUGGUUGAUGUGGUUUAACCUAUUAUAGCACUUAUAUCACUAAUAAUAAACUAUAAGUUUAAGCACUGUUUUCAUAUUGUUCAGUUUUGGAUCAUCAGAGAAACUGAUCUAAUCGUUUAAAUCAAAUUCAAAACUUAUCAACAAAGAAUUUAAAAAUAAUCUCAUUAUUGACUGAAGCGUUGAAAUCAAAAUGAAAAGGGACAUUUUCUUGAUAAAAUUAACACUUCUAUCAUGUUUCUUGUUAAUUUCUGGAAAUGCCAUAGAUAAAAUAGAUAGUUCGGAUCCACCAUCACCGGAUAACACACCGUUGAUGGCUAGAUACAUUGUUCAUAACACUGAUUGGGCAUCUGUAGCAACGAUCUCUACCCAAAAUUCCAUCUUAGGAUAUCCAUUUGUAAGUUUAAAAUCAUUCUGCGAUGGACCUGUUGAUAAUUCAACUGGUAUUCCAUAUUUUUAUAUGACAGGCAUGGAUGUAUCUAGUAAAGAUUUAGAGAACAAUAAUAGUGUUACAAUUAUGACAUCCUUGGCUGAAGGAGACUUUUGUUCUGGAAACGAGUAUGAUCCUCAAGAUCCUAGAUGCCCUAAAGUUAUGAUCACAGGAAAGUUUGUAAAGUUGCCAGAAUCAGAUUCAGAGUUUGCGUUUGCUAACCAAUCUUUGUUUGAAAGACAUCCCGAGAUGAGUUCAUGGCCUCAAGAUCACAACUUCUACGUAGCCAAAAUUGACAUGGAGCAAAUCUGCGUGCUGGCCUCCUUCGGCGGCAUCAUAUACGUCAGCCUGAGCGAUUAUUUCAAUCCGAACUAUACUGACGCCAUCAAUUACGAUUCGCACUUGCGAAGGGUAUCAGUGGAACACAUUAGCGAUGACAUGUGAUGACAGGCGACCUCUAGCGAUAACGUGCGGACCAUUGUGGCGCGUGAAAUGUUAGAACGGGCGUCCAUUCUGGCGUAAUUGUCUAAGGAUAUCGCUUAAUUGUGUUGGACACUAUUAUAUUUAUACUAUAUAUUAUUAUUUAUCGCAAUAUAUAUUGGUGAGUCUUAAA